CCAAAUGCUCAAUUUUCGGUUCUCAGUUUCCCACUUCGUCCCUGUUUCUCUCUCAUCCAACAAUAAGUCAAUCGCAACGUCGCAGACCAUUCUAUUCUCAGCGAAAUUGAUUCUCAGCAACACGCUAGAUUUGCUCCGAGUGUUUCGAAUUCGAUCUUCUAUUCUUUAAAAUAUUAGAAACUGUUUCAUUCAAUGGAUCCAUCAUCACUUCACCAAAACGAUGCUUCUUCUUCAUCUCCCCCUCAUUCUUACACUCACCAACUCACUUUCGAUCACCCUUCCUCUUCCGACGACGACGACAACGACGACGUUUCAUCCUCCAAUUCCAUCCAAUCCACUAACAGACGCCUCGAUUACAUGCUCCAAUUCCUCGACCGCAAGCUCUCCAUCGACCACCACCAUCAGCCCUCGGUUUCUCGUCCAUCGUCGUUGCCGGAGUUCGUCGCCAAAGGAGGAGGCACCGGCAUCUUCAGAGUCCCCGUUCGUGCGGCGGUCCACCCGGCGCGGCCUCCGAGUCUCGAAUUGAGGCCGCACCCUCUGCGGGAGACUCAGAUUGGGCGUUUCCUGAGGAACAUUGCCGCCACCGAGUCGCAGCUGUGGGCCGCCUCCGAGUGCGGCGUCCGGUUCUGGAAUUUUAAGGAUCUCUACGCGUCCUUCGGAGAAGAAAGCGCUGUGAGGAGCGGUGACGAAGAGAGUGCGCCGUUUUCGGAGUCGGUGUGGACUUCCCCUGCACUGUGUUUGGUUUCCGAUGAAGGGAACAGAUUGGUGUGGAGUGGACAUAAGGAUGGGAAGAUUAGGUGUUGGCACAUGGAUCAUCAUCACAGUUUGGAUUUGGAUAAUAACAACUCCACGAAUCACUUUAAGGAAAGCUUGUCUUGGCAAGCUCAUCGCGGCCCUGUUCUUUCCCUUACCUUCACCUCUUAUGGGGAUCUGUGGUCGGGUUCAGAAGGAGGAGCUAUAAAGAUAUGGCCUUGGGAGGCUAUUGAAAAAUCUAUCCUUCUGACGAAGGAGGAAAGGCACAUGGCUGCCAUAACGGCAGAGAGGUCCUAUGUUGAUUUGAGAAGCCAGCUAUCUACAAAUGGCUUCAGUAACAUGCUAACUUCAGAUGUAAAGUACUUAGUAUCUGAUAAUACAAGAGCGAAGGUGUGGAGUGCUGGCUAUUUUUCAUUUGCUUUGUGGGAUGCUCGUACAAGAGAGUUGCUGAAAGUUUUCAAUGCAGAUGGUCAGAUUGAGAAUCGAUUGGACUUGCCCCCAAUACAAGACUUUUCAGUUGAGUUUGUUUCAAGUUCUAAGAAAGACAAAACACAAAGCUCUAUGGGGUUCUUACAACGCUCACGUAAUGCCAUAAUGGGGGCAGCAGAUGCUGUUCGUCGAGUUGCAGCAAAGGGAACCUUCGGGGAUGAUAAUCGGAGAACUGAAGCCCUUGUGGGAACAAUAGAUGGAAUGAUUUGGACAGGGUAUUCAAGUGGCUUACUGGUGCAGUGGGAUGGAAAUGGCAAUCGCAUACAAGAAUUUGUUUACCAUCCAUUUGCUGUUCAGUGUUUUUGUACUUUUGGAAUGCAAAUUUGGGUAGGUUACGUGACUGGUACUGUCCAGGUAUUGGACCUCAAGGGUAAUCUGAUUGGGGGAUGGGUGGCUCAUAGCAGUCCAAUUGUAAAAAUGACGGUUGGAGCUGGUUACAUAUUCACAUUGGCUAGCCAUGGUGGCAUACGUGGAUGGAACAUCACCUCCCCGGGACCUCUUGAUAGCAUAUUGUGUUCAAAACUGGGUGGAAAAGAAUUUUUAUAUACUAAAAUAGAAAAUAUAAAAAUAUUGAGUGGCACUUGGAAUGUUGGACAAGGAAAAGCUUCUCAAGAUUCCCUUACUUCAUGGCUAGGUUCUGUGGUCUCAGAUGUUGGCCUUGUUGUUGUUGGGUUGCAAGAGGUUGAAAUGGGUGCUGGAUUUCUUGCAAUGUCUGCAGCUAAAGAGACUGUAGGACUGGAGGGAAGUUCUGCUGGGCAGUGGUGGCUGGAUAUGAUAGACAAAACAUUAGAUGAAGGUUCAACAUUUGAACGUAUUGGAUCCAGGCAACUUGCUGGCUUGGUCAUUGCUGUGUGGGUUAAAACCAACAUCAGAUUUCAUGUUGGAGAUGUUGAUGUGGCAGCAGUUCCAUGUGGCUUUGGGCGUGCUAUUGGCAAUAAGGGAGCUGUUGGUUUGAGGAUUAGAGUAUAUGAUCGGAUAAUGUGCUUUGUUAACUGUCACUUUGCUGCACAUUUAGAUGCAGUUGGUCGUCGCAAUGCAGAUUUUGAUUAUGUAUACCGAACAAUGUCCUUCAGCCGGCCAACAAACCUCUUAAAUGCUGCAACUGGUAUCUUGCUCUACACAUUCCUUUUUUUCUCACUUGCCUUAUCCAUGUAUUUAUCUUGGCCUGUUUAUAGAUCUGGCUUGCCAUUGGUGCUUUCUGUUGCAGCUGGCACUUCAUCUUCUGUUCCGAUAUUUCGUGGUACAAAUUCUGCAGAAGGGAUGCCCGAGUUAUCUGAGGCAGACAUGGUUGUAUUUCUUGGUGAUUUUAAUUAUCGUCUUGAUGACAUUUCAUAUGAUGAAGCAAGAGAUUUUGUUUCUCAAAGAUGCUUUGAUUGGCUUAGAGAAAGGGAUCAGCUUCGAGUAGAAAUGGGAACUGGGAAUGUGUUCCAAGGAAUGCGUGAAGCAAUUAUAACAUUUCCUCCCACAUACAAGUUUGAACGGCACCAAGCUGGUUUGGCAGGGUAUGAUUCUGGCGAAAAGAAACGCGUCCCUGCUUGGUGUGACAGAAUUUUGUAUCGUGAUAGUCGCUCUUCGGUGGUGGCUGAAUGCAGUUUAGAGUGUCCUGUUGUCUCUUCGGUAUUGCAGUACGAAGCCUGCAUGGAUGUCACAGAUAGUGACCACAAGCCUGUACGCUGCAUAUUUUCUACAGAUAUUGCUCGAGUAGAUGAGUCAAUCCGGAGACAGGAGUUUGGAGAGAUUCUUGAGUCAAAUGAGAAAAUUAAACGUCUUCUCAAAGAAUUAUGCAAGAUUCCUGAAACUAUCAUUAGUACAAACAACAUAAUUCUUCAAAACCAGGACACAUUAAUUUUGCGUAUUACAAAUAAAUGUGCAGAAGACAAUGCUUUGUUUGAAAUAAUUUGUGAAGGUCAGUCUACUGUUAUGGAGGACCAGAAGGCAUCUAACCAUCAGUUGAGAGGUUCCUUUGGCUUGCCAAGGUGGCUUGAGGUAAGUCCUGCCACUGGUAUAAUAAGACCUGACCAGAUUGUUGAGGUAUCAGUGCAUCAUGAGGAAUUUCCGACACUGGUAGAGUUUGUUGAUGGUGUUGUACAAAACGCUUGGUGUGAAGACUCCAGAGACAAGGAAGCUAUUUUGAUUGUUAAGGUGCAUGGCAAUUACAGUAUCCAGACAAGAAAUCACCGAGUCCGUGUUCACCACUGUUAUUCAACCAAGAAAAAUCAAGUGAUAGAUCCUGAACCAAACGGCUCCAGGCAUAUGCAAGGAAGUGUGUUACACCGAUCUGAUUUCCAACGUUUCAGCAGUUCCAGUGAUGUAGUUGAUCAGCUACAGAAAUUGCAUAGCCCUUAGAGCUACAGUUCAUGGAGCUUGUGGCGCAACUUGUAAUCAUCAAGCUUAUUGAACUGUAGAGAGGAAAAGCAAAUACAAUGCAAACAAGAAGCGAAACAGCUUUUUUUAGAUCCAUUAUUUAAUUUAUUCAGAAAUGAACCCAAUUUGUUCUGUAAGUGUAAAUGACUAUAUAUAUCAAACAACACAAGCUGCAAUUGAAAGGCAGUGACCUGUUGUUACUGCAGCUGAAGCUGCUAUUGUGAGUUUGUCUUUUGGACGAUGGUUGUUUCUAACAACUAUUUUGAUACUUUCUAGC